CUUCGGGAGAGGGGUCCGUGCACACGCUCCCGGUCGCUCCCAGCCGCAGCGGCACCGCCGGCCGAUUCUGUGUUGGAAGUUCACGAGUUUAAGUUUCGAACCUGAGCCAAGGAUUUCAACUGUGCUUUGGAUACAUAUGGACAAAUAGCCACAUCUGAAACGACACUUUGAGCAAUUUCGAAUGACGCAGAUUACACAAAGUUUUGAGACGGCGAAUGCACGAUGUCUUUGAAAUGAUGUCAAUUCAAUAUGGAUAUUAUCAUUCGAAACAAAAGUGGAAAAUGCGGGAUAUACAUAUUGUUGAUUGCUAUCCAUAUUCCGAUACUGCAAGGAGAAGAACAAUCAGUUUGUCCAACAUUAGCAGAAAACCCAAUUUGCCCCUGCUAUAACUUCAAAGAAGGGUUAUUUUUAGAGUGCCCGAGUGCUACCCCAGGAGUUGUGAAAAAUGUGUUGACAAAAAUCAAGGGAUCUAUACAAUCGUUAUCAAUUUAUGAUCUCGAAAGUUCAACAACAGAACUCAAGGCAGACCUCUUUCCAUCCAACAUAAAAAUAGCAAAUUUGCAAAUUUCCCAGUCAAAUAUAAAUAAAAUCAAUCCAAAUGCAUUUGCGUCAUUACGUGAAUCUUUGAGCUCCUUAAGCAUUAUUUCCAGUAAAUUAAGUAGGAUCCCAUAUGAAUCAUUUUUUGAACUUCAUAAUAUAGAAGCACUCGACUUGCAACUCAAUGAUAUCAAAGAUAUUCAAGCUAAUACUUUCAGAAGUCUCAAAUUAAGAAAAUUAAAUCUAAAGGGAAACAAAAUUGUAAAUAUCUCUGAUAAUGCAUUUAAAAAUUUAGACGAUUCGUUGACUGAGUUAGAUAUUACGGAAAACUUUCUGAGUAUUUUCCCUUUACAGGCUUUAGUUAAUUUGAAACAAUUAAACAACUUGAGAUUAGCUUGGAAUAAAAUUGAUUCAAUACCAGACAAAACAAAUAGAACAAUUGAAAAUUUGGUAACAUUAGAUUUAAGUUCUAAUUCGUUUACGGAAAUAAGGGAAAAUUGGUUUAGGUGCAUACCAAGGAUUAAAACCUUGACAUUUUUUAGUAAUCGUAUAAAAAGUAUAGAUGAAAAAGCAUUUUAUUCAUUACAUGAUUUAGAAACUAUUGAUUUGAGUCGAAAUAAAAUUAUUAAUAUAGACAAAAAUUUAUUUCAAAAGAAUCAUAAGAUUCGGACUAUAGAUUUAAGUCACAAUCACCUACAUUACAUCAAAGGUGUAUUUUCAAAUCUAGUUCACCUUUCCGAAAUAUUUUUGUCGGAAAAUAAUAUUCUCGAGAUUCCAGAAGAUGCAUUUAGCAACGCGGUUGCACUUACUGUCCUGAAUUUGGAGCAUAAUGCAAUACAAAGAUUGCAUUCGAAUUGUUUUUCUUCGUUGCGAAAUUUAACUCAACUACAUAUGGGAACAAACUUUUUGAAGACACUUCCUACAAAUAUUUUCCACUCCAAUUAUAAACUAGUCACGUUAAGCUUAGAUAAUAAUGAAAUAACCGAAUUAGACGAAUUCACAUUUGAUAAACUCGGCGAACUUAGGGAGCUACGUUUACAAAAUAAUAAAUUGAAUCAUAUUAAAAGGAAUGUUUUUAGUCCUUUGCCGGGCUUAUUAGAACUGCAUUUACAGAAUAAUAUUAUUCAGAGCAUAGAUUCUCACGCAUUUAUAACGCUUAAAAGUCUUCAACAUAUUAAUUUGCAGGGUAAUCGUUUAUCUACUAUCGGGGAUGUGUUUCCAAACAGAAACUCUUCACUUGUGUCGAUACAAUUAAGCUCUAACUUUUUGUCUUUAUUAAAAAACAGUUCCCUAAGAGGACAAGUGAAUGUGCAAAUAAUGUGGCUCAGCCAAAACAAUAUUAAAGUUUUAACUCUGAACUUAUUUAAUGAUCUUUUAAAUAUUCAAAGGUUGUAUUUAAAAAAUAAUACAAUUGUGCAUAUAGAAAAUAAGACGUUCAUGCACUUAAGACGAUUAAAAUAUUUAGAUUUAAGUAAUAAUAAGCUUAUAAAAUUAGGUAAUGAAACUUUUUACAAACUUGUAACGUUAGAGGAACUUUACUUACAAUGCAAUAAUAUAAACCAAAUCGCUAAGGACACCUUCAAUUUUUUAAUAAAAUUAAAAGUUUUAGAUUUAUCGCAAAAUGAAAUAAUCGUUUUAGAUUUUGACAUCUCUUCGCUUCCAAUUAAACAACUUCGGCUAAAUAAAAAUUCUUUGUCGAUCAUCGAAGCAGACUCACUCAAGAACCUACCAAAUUUAAAUGACUUAGACAUGAAUAAUAAUUUGUUAACUUGGGAAGACGUUACUCAAGUUCAAAUACCAGGAUUGAAAUCUCUAGCAUUAUCUAAAAACAACUUUUCUGUACUAGAAAAUAAAACUUUUUCUCAUUUACCUUCAUUACAAGCGCUUUCAUUGGAAUUUUCUAACAUAUCUCACCUACCACCUGCAACAUUUAUUAAAAACCAAAACCUUUUACGUAUCAAUUUAGCAUUUAAUAAUUUAAAAGAUAUACACAAAGAUGUGUUUGCCUAUACAACAAUCCUGCAAGAAUUAAAUUUGAAAGGGAAUAAUUUUACAGAAUUUCCACAUGUAGCUUUAUUUAACAUUACAUCGCUAGAAAUAUUAGAUUUAUGCCACAAUCAAUUGCAAAACGUUGACUUUUUCAAAUUCAUUGGUUUGCAAAAUUUAAGAACAUUAAAUUUAUGUGACAAUCGCAUUUCAGUUCUUAACGGCUUCAACUCUCCUGCUUUAAAGAAUCUCGUUUCAUUGAAUUUAAGUAAAAAUAUACUUACAGUUCUUCCACCGAAUUUUUUUCAACACUCUUUAGGCUUAAAAGAUAUAGACUUAUCGCAUAAUGUUUUUAAAUUUAUACCCAGUAAUGGUUUAUCAGAGGCGAUAUUACCAACAUUAACAACGUUAAACAUGUCAUUUAAUACAAUGACACAAUUACUGCAAAGUUAUCCUUCUAAACAAUUUCCACAAUUAGAAGAACUAGUCGUUACUGGGACAAAUCUUACGAUAAUCACAAGUAGAGAUUUUGAGAAUUUCCCAUCCCUCAAAAGGUUGAUAUUGACUAGAAACUCAAUCGUACGUCUGUCGCCUGGUGCAUUUUCAAAGCUGCACAAUUUACACAUACUGGAUUUAAGCCAAAACCAAAUGGAAAACAUUCCAAGAGAGAGACUCCAAGGAUUAUACUCGACACGUUUGUUGAAUAUAUCUCAGAAUAUCAUUAGAGAACUCGAAGAAUUCACAUCCGAUUUGCAAAGUUUGCAAAAGUUAGAUCUCUCUUUCAAUCAUAUAACGAGAAUAAACAAGGACAUAUUCCGGGGACUACAAAGUCUUACUGAGUUAUAUUUACGUGGUAACUGGCUGUCGGCGAUAUCAUCAGACGCAUUCCAAAGCUUGAAUAAAAUUUCCUUCAUAGAUCUCAGCCACAACUAUUUCGAAGUAAUUCAGAUGAAAAUGCUUUUGCUUCUGGAAACACAAAUUAAGACUUUGUCAUUUGACGAGAACCCACUCACUUGCAACUGUGAGUCGCAAACUGUAUGGAAAUGGAUGCAGGAUCACUACAAAAUAGUCUUGAAGCGCAGCAUCAAUUUGCGUUGUGAGCACCCAGAAGAUCUUCACGGUUAUAGUUUCAUCUUAUUGUCGUCGCAGAAACUCUGCGAUGUGCCUCUUGUAAACCGCAUCGCCAUACAAGAUAUCCAAACAUAUUCUGUAGUCGUCUCUUGGCAGGGUCGCAACCAAAGUGGAUUAAGCGGAUAUCAAGUGGCUUACUUCAGUGAACAAAACCCAAGCAUCAUACGAGGAAAAGCAUUGAACCCUAGCAUCAGAUCUGCAAGGCUUAACCACCUGACACCUGGUUCUCGAUACACCGUAUGCGUAUUGGCAGUCGGCAAUUUCGGAACCCCUACAUCUUCGGGAUCAUCAUUGCCAGAUGCAAGAAUAGCUCCUUAUCCAGAAAUACCAACUAAUAGUAUAUUCGGAGAUGAACUAAUUUUUAACCACCUACGACCAUAUAUGAAUGAUUCGCUUACUAGUAAAUGUACUAGUGUUAGUACAAUAGAAAUAUUUAGCGCUGCUAUAGACAGUCCAUUUUCGAACACCUACAAGGGUAUAGCUGAUAUGUUGACAAGAAGAUUGAGCUUGGUUGUAGGUUGUUGUAUCGGAUUUAUAGUGUUCGUCGUCCUAGUGUCCGCAUUGGGCUAUAUUAAAACCAAGAAGCGUCCUGUAAUAGCAAAAGCAGAUGUACAACAAGUUCCCCAAUAUAUCUCGUAUGACAAUUUUAACACACCCGGUAUAGAAGUUCAAACUACUGACAUGGAUAUAAAUACUAUUACUGAUAAAACAAAAUCUCAACCGAAUCGUGAGUGAGCAAUCAUACAAGCGUGUGAGUCGCAUCAACUUUUAAGUCGCAUCAAAAUGUAUGCAAACGUUAAGGUGGCAUCGGGGUUUUAUCCGAUUCGAUUCCCUUAAGGAUAGCAUGCCACUCACGUUGGGAGAAAACCUUUUAUGGUUUCAUCGUCUUUGAAACUUCUUCUGGAGUUUGACAGACAGGAAUGAGUUAUUAUAACUACGAGCUAUCAAUAACGAAACGUGUGAUAUAAUCGAAAAAGUUUACGUCAAACCAUUUCUCUGUAAGAGAUAGGUUUUGCAUCAUCACAAUUAUUAUUACUCUGUGCAUUUGUAAAUAAUGGAGAAAUGUAGAAGUUUUGUGAAAUAAUUGUUUGGGCUGUUUUGUAGCAAUAUUUUAAUUCAUUUCUAGGUUUAAAAAACCUUGAAACAGAAAAACACUAUGUAAGAAAAUGUACAGGAGUUGAGAAUGUUGUAAUUAUAUUUUUUGUUAUUGAUGACGUUGUCUCACUAUAUUACAUAGAUUUAUAUUUCAUGAUGUUUUAAACCUUUACGUUUUCUAUGAAAAAUAUUUAAUGUCAUUUAAUAAAAAAAAAAUAUAUUUAAAGUGAUCAUAGAUAUAUUCGGUUAUACUUAUUUGAAACGUACUGACUUCGUAGGUAAUAAUGUAUAAAAUAGGUAUUGAUUUUGUAUUUGAAAUAUACCAAACGAAUGUUUAUACUUUGGAUCAACAUUAUGUAAACUACUAUAGAUGUAGGUUGAAAUAAUAAUAACUUUAACAAAAAUAUCAAACUCAUUUAGAUUUAUAAUCGUACGUACUUUAAGUUGAAAUAAGUUCGGAUUCACGACAAUCUGUUUAUAACUAGAUUAAAUAAUGUAGUAUUGGUAAUAAAAACAUAAAGUCUUACAAUGCCUAA